UCAGGGUGCACGGCCUCCAUCUGUGCGUGCCGGCACCGAGCACGCAAGCGUGUGCCUUCCACCUGCCCCUGGGACUGCCUGGCAUCAAGCACGUUCUCAGAGCUGUGGUGGGAGCAGAGGGCUGCCCCCAGACAAGUGGCCUUGUUCCUCUCCUUCCAUUUGUGCAAAAUUUCUGGGUGAAGAUCAGGAAUGUGUUGAAGAGCAGCCCAAAAGGUACUUCAGGUGCACAGAUCUGUGAUGCUUUCUUUACCUGUCGAAAGAAUGUGCUUCUGGCGAAGAGCACGUCCACCCAGAUAGAAGACGUUUUUACUGCGAGCAGAGGAAGGUUGGUCCCAGAAGAACAAGAAGCCCUUCUUCAGCAGUGGCUGGAAGAAGGAGUAGGGAAUUUGCCAGCCAGUGAGGGUGCUCCAUCAGUGGCAAAAGUAUCAGUUACGCUCACUAGUGACUGGUUAGAAGGUUCAGAACUAUUGAUGACUAGCCUCAGUGAUCUGAAUUCAGCUCCUGAAGUCACCCAGUGUGCUGGUGAGCAUCUCACAGAGUUACAUGCCUUGGCCUCCUCAGAACCACAAGACCAUGAAGUGACUGAAAUUGCAGAAUUACCAACAGAGGAAACAGCUGUAGCAGGCAGUGCCCCUUCAGCAGCUGUGGUGCCACAGAGGGAUCACCAGACAGCUGGCUGUGCCACUGUCAAUGUAGAACUGCAGAAUGAAGACCCAGCUGUGCUGGCUUGGAGUUUAGUGUGUGAUGAAGAGACGGUGCCAACAGAGCCCCACGCCUGGCCCAUUCAGGAUAUGGUACAAUUUUCUUCUCUCCCGACAGAGGUACCCUACCAUGAGGUUUUAUGGAGAGACUGGGAAGAUCUUUCUAUCAAGCCAUAUGAGCUAGAGCAGGUCCCAAAAAACACGCCUCUCUUUGAAUUUCGAGUCAUGUCUUACAACAUCCUUGCCCAGGACCUGGUGGAGCAGAGCCUUGAUCUCUAUCAACACUGUCAUCCAGACAUCCUGAACUGGAACUACCGCCUUCCAAACAUUUUGCAGGAAAUCCAGCACUGGGAUCCUGAUGUUCUGUGUCUCCAGGAGGUGCAAGAGAACCAUUACUGGGAGCAGCUAGAACCAACAUUCAAGGGGAUGGGCUUCACAUGCUUUUAUAAGCGGAGAACUGGGAAGAAGACAGAUGGCUGUGCAGUGUGCUAUAAGCACAGCAGGUUCCAGCUGAUCAGCUUCAGCCCCAUAGAAUACUUCCGGCCUGGCCUAGACGUCCUCAAUCGGGAUAAUGUGGGCUUGGUGCUGCUGCUGCAGCCUCUGCUCCCAGAGGACCUAGAUCUGAAGGCAGUCAGUCCUUUGUGUGUGGCUAACACUCAUGUGUUGUUCAAUCCCCGGCGGGGAGAUAUCAAACUGGCCCAAAUGGCCUUGCUCCUAGCAGAGAUUGACAAGAUUGCAAAAACUACUGAGGGAAGCUACUAUCCUGUCAUCUUGUGUGGAGACCUGAACUCUGUACCUGAUUCUCCACUCUACAAGUUCAUCCGGAAUGGGGAACUUUCCUACCAUGGGAUGCCAGCCUGGAAGGUGUCUGGUCAGGAGGACUUUUCCCAACAGUUGUAUUCACGGAAAAUGCUGGCCCCACUGUGGCCGAGCUCCUUGGGUGUAACAGACAGCUGCCAGUAUGUCACCCUGUGCCAGCCAAAGAAACAAGGCAGACGUAAGUACAGCCGGGACUUCCUGCUACAGUUUCAUUAUUGCAAUCUUGCCUGUGAACGACCAGCACAUCUGGUCCUUUUGGAAGGUGUGACAGAUGCUAAACCAGACCGCCCUCCACACUGGUGCAAGCCUGCUGCCAUGGUUAAAGACCCUGAUCCUCAGCCAUUCGUCCCAAGGUCUUCAGGUAUUAUCCAGCAUGGCCUCAACCUGACCUCUGUCUACAGCCACUUCCUGCCACAGAGGGGACGCCCAGAGGUCACAACGAUGCCCAUGGGACUUGGAACCACUGUUGAUUAUAUCUUCUAUUCAGCAGAGCCUGUGGAGAAUAGGAACAGGGGGGGUCGCAGACUGUACCAGGAUGGAGCCCUGAAGCUGCUUGGCCGCCUCUCCCUUCUCUCUGAAGAUGUCCUGCUGAUGGCGAAUGGCUUACCAAAUUCUUUUUGUUCAUCUGAUCAUCUCUGUCUGCUGGCUAGCUUUGGCUUGGAGAUCGCCAGCCUCAGAGAGGGUUAGUGUUGGUUCCUUCCCUAAAGAGAAGCUGUUCUGAAUAUAGCAAUUGAGGCUCUGGAUUGCACAACCUGCUUGCAAGAAAACUAUGUUCUCAUCAUGCCCUAGAAGUCCCUUUCUCCCCUUACUCCCUCAGAAAAAGCAGGAAUGGAAGAGUUUGAGUGCUUUUUGCAUUGGUAUUUUGUGUGUCUCUUCAUACUUGAGCUGUGUUCCCAGUGGGCUUCCAGUUGUAUUUAGACACUACCAUCUCUUAAAGGGAUCCUUGUUACACUGCUUUGUUUAGCAGAUGUCUUAGUGCUGCUGGAACCACUGUUAACUCCCAUGUUAAUUUGACCCCGUGUGAGAUCUUCAAGCAUCUGGGAACAAGAAGGACAAUGCUGCCUACAUCUGGUUAGUUAAAUGGUACUAAGGAUUUGGGGAUGUAUACACCAAUAUUCUAUCACACCAAAGCAAUGGGUAAUUUCUCAGUGAUAGCUUAUGAAGUAUGAAGGGAAAGGCUGUGUAACUUGGAGCCAGAUUGUCAGUCACUUGGAUUACAGUGUACUUUUGCUGGCAGUGGCUUGGCAAAUACAAACCCAGUAGAACUUUACCUGUUCCUAGAGCAGAUUCCCUAGAUCAGCCUGACAUUUUCUGCUGAGUUCUUCCGUAAGAUAUGAGAGCAGUAUUGGCAAAACCAUUAUCAGUUGUUCACGAAUGAGGCAGGGAAAUCUGAUCCCACUUCAGGUUUUUGUGGGAAGGUAUGAGGAGACUUGAAAUAGUGUACUCUCUUCCUGGGCUUUAUUUGGGUUAUGUCUUAAAUGUCACUUUCUUUAUUGAAAAAAUAAAUUUUUUCUAAUCUAAGAAAAAA